CUCCCCCACCCCCUUUUUCACCCCCUUGAAUCUUUUUCCGAUAUUUGUCUCAUUAUUGAUGACAGACCCAAAAAACCCCUUAACUCAAAAUCCAAUCUUUAUGCUGAAACAAUGCAAAAGAACAAACCCCAUAUGUCAAAAUCCAAACUUGAUGUUGAAACAGUGCAAAAGAAGAUAAAAGCUGAAGGAAUACCAAUAACUAAAGUUUUGAAAUUUUCAAAGUUGAAGGCUGAGUACAAGUCUUUUGAGGCAAAAAGGGAGUUGUAUGGUUCAUAUGAACUGUUUUUGACUGAUAAAAGAGUGGUACACUUGCUUCCUGUUUUAUUAGGGAAGCAAUUUUACAAGAAGAAGAGGAAGGUACCUGUGCCAGUAGAUUUGAGGGGGAAUAGUAGUUGGAAAGAGGAGAUAGAAAGAGCCUGCGCGUCGAGUUUGUUGUGUUUAGGGAGUGGGACGUGUAGUGUUUUGAAGGUUGGGAGGGGAGGGAUGGAGAGUGGUGAAGUUAUGGAGAAUGUUUUGGCUGCUAUUGAAGGAAUUGUUGAGUUUGUUCCAAAGAAAUUGGGUGGUGUUAGAGCUUUUCAUUUGAAGUUUUCGGAUUCAUUGGCAUUGCCUGUUUAUGAGGAUUUGCCUGAUUCCAAGAUUGAAGAUUUGAAGGAGCCAAAGGCGACGAGGAAAAAUUGAAUAAGGAUCAGAAGCAUGGUGAUAACAAGAAAGUGUAACUGUUCUAGCUAUGGAUAAUUGAGAAGAAAAUGAAGGAUAAAAAGUGAACGGGUGGGAUUUCAAAAGGUUUUUCCAGAUAGAAAUCGGCCUAAAGGAGGGUGUGGCAUUUUAUAUGUAGAUUGCGUGUGUGUCUCUGUGUGACCUAUAGGUCACGAGUUUAAGCAAGGGAAGCAGCAACUAAUACUUGCAUUACGACAGACUGUCUACAUUACACCCCUUAGAAUACGACUCUUCCUCGAACCCUACACGAAUGCGGGAUGUUUUGUACACCGGAUUGCCUUUUUAUAUUGUGUGCUAUGUUUAAUACCUUCAUAAUUUCUAAGCAACACCAGCACGCGUAUUGUUCUCUU